GUGUUUAGGUACUCCGGACUUCACUCCGCGCCGAGUAGCCGACGCGAGUGCUUGCCUCACGCGAUACCGUGCCACCCGCUACACGCCAACACUCACUUGGACCGAAUUCGCUCACCGCGCACGAUUACACGGAAACUAUCACUUUCGCUCCAGAUGACAAUCAAGUUUCAACUAUGAUAACACUGUGAAUUUGUUAUUGUGCACUGUCCGGCUCUACCACCACGGCAGCAUCGCAAGGUAGAUCUAAGCAUGCCCCAGUGGGCGAGCGCGGAGGGCGGCGGCUCCGAGGCGGAGUCGCCCGACCAGACUAUGCUGUUCUAUGAAGACGAGACCUCAGAGUAUUAUGACAACAAAACUGAUAUUGCAGAUAAAAUAGAACAAGCUGGAGAUUUCUACGACAGCGGCAGUGGCAGUGAUGAGCAAGUUCCGCGUCGCGUGUGUCGGCCACGACGGGCCGCGGCGGGGUCGUCCUCGUCGGCCGCCAGCAGCAGCGGGCCCACGGGCCCCGGCCGGCGGCGGCGCUGCGGCAUCUCAGCACGCGAGCGCAACCUGCGCAGGCUCGAGAGCAACGAGCGAGAAAGAAUGAGGAUGCACUCCUUAAACAGAGCCUUCGAGGAUCUCCGCCGCGUAAUACCACAUGUGAAGAAAGACAACAGGAGUUUAUCAAAGAUAGAAACUCUUACUUUAGCUAAAAAUUAUGUCAAGGCCCUUACUAAUGCAAUAUGCACGAUGAGGGGAGAAGUUCCUCGAUACCAAUUUAAUAGCGAUGAUGAAAAUGUAGAGCCCGUUUUCGUCCUGAAUCGAGACCAGGAACAAAACAACAACGUACCGAGUGAUCAGGACCGUGAAGACACCAGCGCCGGAGCCCAGAACAGCCUCUGACAAAGACGCACUAGUCCCCGCCUCGCUCUCGUAUCCACCGCCAAACCAAGCUCUCCAAAUGAAGGCAUGCCUUGAACAAAUAUAAUAUUACGUAGAAUCAAGAUUCAAACUUAAUACAUGCACGUAGCAAAGUGCAAACUCUUAGAAUGUGUGCAUAUAAUCUAUAUUUUAUUACUGUCCUUUACAUCUAUUUUUAUGCCAUCAAUAUAUACUUACUUAAUUCUUUUUAGACGUAAAUUUUGAAACAUACAACAAUUUUGGAAGGAUAUUAGAAUCGAGUCGAUUAGUAACAUUGUGAAUUCGAAAGGGUUUCAGGGACUAAACUGAAAGUAUUAAGAAGUUAAUUAUCCAAUUAGUUCAGUUGGAAUGUUUGAUAUUUUAUGUUAGAACGGAAUGUUUUAUUUUACGAACGUUAUUCAUUUAUAAAUUCUAAAAGAUGUAGCAGUGCAAUUUUUGAGAAAGAUAUCAAAACCUAUAUACCGAUAUCUAUAAGAGGACACCCAAAGACCAAUGGUACGAAUUAAUUGCUAGAUUUAAAAAUAUUAUAAUCGUUAUUUAUGCAUGUUAUUGAAAUGACACAAAAAUAUAUAAAAAAAGAAACGGGCGUGUUAGCUGAAUGAAUAGGACGGGAUGCAAGAAAAUAAAGAUGACUUGAUAGAGAAAGGAAAGAAAUUGUGUUACAUGUUAAGUAAACAUGUGCGAGAUACCUAAUGGCUGAAAAUAAUGACGAACUUAUCUGUCUGUUUCCCGACUAGACGUAGGAUUAUGACAUAAGCGCCAUACAAAUUGUGCCUGAUUGCUAUCUCUAUUACAGAACGAAACAGAUGGGUAUUUUAGUCAUUAAUUUCAGGCGUAAGAAUAUAUGACAAGUAGGUAAUCAUACUAAGUGUCAUCUUGUCAUCAGAUUAUUUAUUUAAAUAUUUAACAAGACUGUAAAAUAACUAAAACAAAUCAAACAGACACUUGGUUACUUUCGCAUUUAAAGUGUAGUAAAAUUUAUUGAAACUUGUACCUAAAACCUUAGAAGAAAUGCAAAAAGUAACGAUCAAGAAAAACGAAAAUACUAAUAAACUUAGAUCUCAACGUUAUUUCACCUGCUUGACUUAGAAGUAGUGAAUUUUGUAAAGUGUUUGUGCUAAUUUAUCGAUUUUUGUGCCGACCUAUACCUAUCUGCAGAUUUUUUUCUCGUGGUGCCAAAAUGACCGCUAAUGCCAAACAAGAAUUAUUUACGUAUAGCAAUUUAACAAUUACCUACUGUUAAUUAGUAGAUAUAAAUUAUAUUUACAGGAAACAGUCAAUUUCAAUUUUAAGGAAUUUUGAUGCUAUGCGCAAAAAAUAUGUUUGUGUCCUACUUUCUCGCGAAUAGGUAUGAGUGCGAUCUUUACGUUAUUGAUAAAAUAUAUGUUAAUUACGAAAUCUCAACUUAUAGUUACCUACCUACCUUUGAGUAUAUUUAAAUUUAGUUUUUAAAAAUAGGUACAUAAUUGUUUAAGUACACAUACGAUAAGAAUGUUGGCAAAAUGCAUUUCAAUGGCUAAUGAGCAUUUUACAGUCAUUGUGAGUUAGCUGUGUAAUGAAGUAGUAUAUAAAUAAUUAUGUAAUUAUAAAAUGUGCAAAA